AUGGUUGUUUGUUCUUUUGUUAAUGUGGAUCAGAGACCUAUUUUGUUAUAUUCUCCAAACUAUGCAAAAGAGCCGGUUCCACUAACGCAAAUCGCUAAGCCUAGCGAGUUCCUUGAAGAUCAGUACGAGAUAGACCCCAAAACAGGCAGCAAAAAGAAGAAAAAGCUACGUCAGAGAUUAAUCAAAUUCAUAUAUGUAGCACUAUGCCUAAUCAAUAUUGUCCUCGCAAUAGCUGUUAUGGUGGUAACAGUUCUAGCGGCUAUCGCGAUGAAAGUCAUUACCACCGAUCAAUCUGGCCGACUGGUCGCGAUGAUCCUCCUGGCUGUCUUGGCUGCCGUCACAUUGUCCAUCACCAUAUAUGCCAUGGUCGCUGUAUUAAGGAAACAAUUGAAACCUAUUUACGCGGCAUCCACAACUCUACUCGUCUUGGCGUUCAUACAAGCAAUAAUCCUAGGCGUAGGUGUGAAGGUCACUGAGGGAGAUGAAUUAAAUCUCAGCAGAUCUCUCUCCGAAUCUUUUCAGCUGUCCCGCGACAAUGACCAACGAAACCUGAAACUCUGGGCUGCUAUACAGCACGAUCUAGCCUGUUGUGGAUUAUACGGUGCAAAUGAUUACAGAAAUCCCAAUUUGCCAGUUGUUUUUGCUCCCAAUGUGCCUAUAUCUUGUUGCCCUGGAUACGACAAAGAUCGGACCGAGUUGGUACAGGAACGAGAAAGACAAUCUUGUAAAGCUAAAAAGGAAUAUUAUGACAUUGGAUGCAAAGACCCGGUGAUAGAAAUCCACAGACGAACAAGUAACACAGCCAUAGCAGUGGUCUCUAGUAUAAUUAUUGUCGAAAUAAUAUUAUCAGCCCUUGUACCACCAGAUUUUUGCUUUGAGAAUUUCAACCGAUCUGAUUGUAAAGUAGCGCCGCAGCAGGUAUUUUCAUAUUACAAGCCUGGUUCUCGUUGUGAAAAAGAGACGUGGAGAGGAUGCCCUACUCUAAAUAAGUUUGAAUCUCAAGCAGAGUGCGUGCAUCUUUGUAUAUUUCAUUUUGGAAAUGAAAUAAAUGGUUCAAAACCUACGGGAAAUAAAAAGGCUGCCAAUGCAGUUUGCCUUAACCCAGUAAACAUCAAAUAUUGUAAUGAUAAUCUUACUAAAGUAUUUAUUUACAAUAAGUUUUUAAACACAUGCGUUUCUAUUAUAUGGGGUGGAUGUCCAUAUCCUGAUAACGUGUUUGAGAAUAAAUCAGAUUGUUUAGAAACAUGUUUUCGAUUGGAUUGGAAUGAAAAAGUAAAAGAAAUACCAGAAACACAAACCAAUGAAGUUGAAGAAAUUUUAGACAAUUUUAUUGAUGGCGGUACGUCGGUAUCUACAAAAAGUUUAUACGAAUUCAUAACGACAAGUACUCACAAUUAUGACAUUGAAACAAAAACGUCUGUACACACGGACGAUAGUAAAAUAUGGAAAAAUCAAACGGAAAAUAUGAUUAUUGAUAUUGGUACAACACAAAAUGUGGAAUCACAAAAUGAAGUUCCAGAAAGAAAAAAAAAUACAACUAUUGCGACACCCAAAAUGCUGACUUCGGAAAGCAUAAGUACAAUAGCAGAAAAAGUAACAGAAUCUAUACCAACUAUGAAAGAAUCUACAGCAAAAACUAGAGAAUCUGAAACAAAAACUACAGAAUCUACAAUAGAAACAACAGAAUUAACAACAAAACUAGCAGAAUCUACAACAGAAACGAGCACAACAAUUAUUGUUGAACCUGCCACAACAACAAUGCUUGCAACAAUGACGACGUCAGGUAUCACAACAACUCGGACACGAGGAACAGCAAAGCAAGUUGUAUUACCACAAGAUAUUGAUAGA